CUGCCCUUUGACCCUGCCGUGCCCUUGACUUCGGCGACUUCCGGCGAGCGGAGCCGGUCGGUGGGCGAUGGCCAAGUACUUGGCACAGAUCAUCAUUGUGGGAGCUCAAGUGGUGGGAAGAGCAUUUGCCCGUGCACUGAGGCAGGAGUAUGCUGCCAGUAAAGCAGCGGCGGAAGCUCGCGGGCGAGCUGGGCAGCAGUCAGCUGCAGCCUCCAGCCUCUCCGGGAUGUCACUGCAGGAAGCGCAGCAGAUUCUCAAUGUCACGAAGCUCAGCCCGGAGGAGAUCCAGCAGAAUUAUGAUCAUUUAUUCAAGGUCAAUGACAAGUCAGUGGGUGGAUCAUUUUAUCUGCAGUCCAAGGUGGUGAGAGCAAAGGAAAGACUUGAUGAGGAACUACACAUCAACAGAGUGAACCAGGAGAGGAAGGAACAGACAAAGCAGCCUGAGACAUGACCCCCAGACACCUUCCCUCCACAUCUGCUUCAGUUCACUACUGUUUAAGUUCCAUGCAGAAACUUAACUGUGGUUGGUCCUUGCUCAGUGCCAGGUGUUUGAAGUGCUGAGCAGAGGACUGACUGAGCUGCUUCCCUUGGUACCUGCUGGACACCUGUGAAUAUUUACUUUGGGAGCUGCGUAGAUGAACUAAUUUGUGAUGUGAGAUCAUUGCUGGUUACCCCAAGUGGUGUUGUGAACUGUUCCACUCCCACAAUGGACUUUGAACAUGUAACCAUUUUAAGUAUAAAUAAUGUAUUGGAUUAUUCCGUUGUGUUAUACGGGCCGGUUAAGUGUUUCUCAUGGGAUGAGGCUAAAGUUGAACUUCUGUUGCCCUUCAGUCAUCUCCUGCUAAUGAUGCAAGGUCCUGGGUUUGAGCUGCUAUAAAAAGAACUGCCAUCUGGAGACUUGUCUCACAGUGAGGUCUCCUGGACGAUAAUGGGAGAGGACAGUUGCCCAUCUCAUUUAAAAAAAAAUCUUGUAAUUUUCAAAGUUGUAAAUAAAAUUCUACUUGCAGCAUUU